UAAUGGCGUUCAUUUCGCUGAUAAAUAUUGAGCGUGCUUAAUUUAUUUAAAUUUUAUAAAAAUAAUGCUAAGGUGGUUAUUACAAAAUAUAUACAGUAUUCAAUAUACGGUUUUUAUACGGUGACUAGAAAUAGUGCUUAGUUGGAAAGUGUCACAUCACAAUUAAUGACGUGGAUUUAGGUUAGGUUAUGCAUUACAAUUUUUACCUGAAUCUUGUCGAAAUAUUACUGAAAAAGUAAUUUAAGAGUUCAUCGUAAAGCACAAAUCGUAAAUAAUGUUCGAAAUUACAGAUACGCAAAAAAUAGGAGUCGGACUUGCAGGAUUUGGUAUAUCUUUUCUUUUCCUUGGAAUGUUACUACUCUUUGAUAAAGGUCUUCUUGCUAUUGGAAAUAUUUUAUUUAUAUGUGGAUUAUCAUGUGUUAUUGGACCAAAGAGAACCCUCAGCUUUUUUUUUCAAAGGCACAAGAUAAAAGCUAGUGCGUCAUUUUUAGGAGGAAUUAUUGUAGUACUUAUGGGUUGGCCUAUCAUAGGCAUGAUCAUAGAAACGUAUGGUUUUAUAUUAUUAUUCAGUGGUUUCCUACCAGUUGCCAUAAAUGUUUUACGAAAGAUACCUGGUUUAAGAAUUAUUUUAAAUUUGCCAGGUUUAUCUCGAAUAUUAGAUUCAAUUGCAGGAGAUCCAAAUAGAACAACUGUAUGAUAUGUUUCUUGAUAUGAUGGCACAAAUCAUUGUAUAUAAGAUCCACUAUUUUAUAUUGUGUCCCAAACUUUCUCGUCAUUCCCUUCUGAAAUUUCUCUCAGAUCUCUGUUUGUAUUGUAUAAAUGUCAAGUGUAAACAACAAAGUUCAAUUACCUAUCCGUUUAAUUUAGAAAUAUUGUGUAAAAAUAAUAUAUAAAUUUUUCAUUUUCAUAUAAACUACUGUAUUGCUGCAGAGACUAUAUGUGUGUUUUAAGAGCAUUCCAAAAUGUUCAGGUAGAUUGAGGAUCAAAAUUAAAAAUGGAAGCAUUUUUAUUUAAAAUCAUUAAUUCACUGUAUCAGUAGAUUAAUGAUAUUAAGGCUAAGACCUACUUUAUAUUUGGAAUGUUUAUAAUAAUGAAACAUUGUAUGAAACAUGAAAUAUGACACAUGACUGUCACUACUCCUUCUUAAAAAUAUAAUUUUACUAUAUAAGAA